UGCAAAGUGAUCGUGCGCCGAGUGAUCACCGAGUUCCGAUCGCGUUGCGAAUCGAACUAACUAUCAGUCAGUUUGCCGCUGGGAGUGAUCGAGUGCGCGCGCCUCCAGACUCCGAAAAUCCAAAAGCCCCAUUUCAAGAUCGGGGAACCCACUCCUCUUCCUCCUUCUGCACUCCUUCUCCCACCUCUUUCUCCACUCUCUCUCUCUCUCUAUACCUCUCUCUUUUGGUGCUCGUGCGCGCCGUAAACAUAACUCAAAAGCACUGGCAAAGUCACACGAAAAAGGUAUUCGACGCCAGUUGCCGGUCACUAGCGACUCAGGUCGGAAGUCUCCCCUCCUCGCAAUUCCCCUAAAUAAAUUCCUGUCCGCGAUAAAAGUGUAGAAAAAAAAGUAAAUAAAAUAAAAUUAAAGAAAUAUAUGAAACCAUGCAACUUUUCGACGACUUCUGCAAAUGCUUCAACAAGGAACUGCAGCGGGCGAACUUCGGCUUCUCAUACAAUCGCGUUCAUCUGUUCUACAGAUCGCAGUGGCAAAAGGAUGAGACCAAUACAAUGUACCUGCUCUAUCGAUGGAUCUGGGCCCUGUUCUUUCUGGGAGUAUAUAUCAUGUGCAUGAUCGUCCAGUUCUGCGAUGGCAAGUUCUUCAUCUACAUGACCAACUGGGGAUACGGCCUGUGCACGAUCACAAUGCUGAUCUCCGCGGUGCAAGUCACCUGCUGGCACUUUGAUCUGAGAAACACCCGGAGCCUGGUGCAGGAAUCCGGCAACAAGGCGGAUACCUCGAGAGGCCUGAAGAUAUACUGGUGGCUGUAUAAUAUGACCCUAUCGCUGGCUCUGAUUAUAUCGACGGUCUACUGGGUGUUUCUCCACGGCAAGAUGAAUAAACCCGUGCGCUUCCCAGCUAUUAGCAUCAUUACCCAUGGACUGAACACUGUGAUGAUGCUGAUCGACUUCCUGGUAGUGGCGUUUCCGCUGAGGGUCCUUCACAUGGUUUACAGCAUGAGCCUGGCCAUCUUCUUCUUUGUCUUCACCAUCAUCUAUCACUUCUGCGGGGGCACAGACGAAUUUGGCAAUCCCUAUGUGUAUCCCAUCCUGGACUGGAACCAGCCCAAGCGUUGUCUGGUGACCUUUGUGGGCAUCUUUCUGCUCAUCAUGUGCUAUUGGAUGCUGCUCUUCGGACUGCACAAGCUGAAGAGGAUGUUCAACAGGGCCUUCAGUGUGGUCUGGUCCCCGCAUUCAGUGGGUCUAAUAUAAGGUCACCUACAUGAACAUCGCCUCAUUAGCACCCUCACUUCUAUAGGAGUCUAAAAGUAUCACCAGCAUUGCAUUUUAUUCCAACAUACACACACCCACACACACUCGCAUGCAUUUAUUUAUGUCUAGUAUUUCUAUAGUAAGUUUUAAUCUUCUGGUUCCUUAACGUUGAAUUGGUUUAGUUAGGCUAAUAAACAAAGAUUUUGUUACUACAUAUAUGGAUUGAAUAGCAUAAAUAUGGAAUUUGUUGAAAUACUCUAUUGAUGCCAUCACAUUAUACGGGAUGCAUUCAGAGAACUUUGGAAUUGUAUAAACAUAUAACAAGACAACAUCUAACGAAAAUCGAAAUAAAAGAAAUGUACAUAAUAA